AUGGUAAGCGAUAUUCUACGUACCUCUUCCAAUUUAGCACUUUUUGAAUCCACCCAAGAACCUCAUCAAAAGCCUGUUGCAGUAAAAGGUGCGGGAUUUUUGUCGCGAGGAUCAUUUUUCCAUCCAGCUCAUCAUCCAGCGACUACACACCCACUCGCCCCGAAAAUUAACCUUGAACGGGUUCUAUCAGAGCUUAAAACUCUGGCAACUCAUAGCGAUCUAACGCCCCCUGCUGUGCAACGCGUGGUUUACACCUCAUCAGAUUUAUCCGCCCGCACAUACUUGCAGCGCAUAAUCUCCGAGGCCAAUCUAGCUAUUCACGAAGAUGUUGUCGGAAAUCUCUUCGCUGUAUGGCGAGGGUCAUCGUCAUCGCAAUCCAGGGCAGUUGCCACCGGAUCCCAUAUCGACGCAAUUCCUCACUCAGGUAUGUACGACGGUGUUCUGGGCGUUCUUGGUGGCCUCGAGGCGAUCCGAUCAUUGAAAGAAGCUGGGUUUACCCCAUCCCGAGAUGUCCAUCUCAUCAUGUUCACAUCAGAGGAACCGACAAGAUUUGGCAUUGGAUGUCUUGGAAGCAGGGUCCUCUCAGCGGAGCUGCCUCACGAAUAUAUGUACAAGCUCGUAGACUCCAAUGGCACGACUUUAGAUGAAGCGAGAAAAGCGGCUGGUUUCACCAAAGAACUGAGUGAAGCGAUACUUCCGGAUGAUACCUAUUCGGCCUUUGUCGAGCUGCACAUCGAACAGGCUGACAGUCUCGAGCGAUCCUCAACACACAUUGGUGCCGUAACAUCCAUUGCCGCCCCGGCGCAGGCCGCGGUCCGAUUCUCCGGUUCAGGUGGGCAUGCAGGCGCUCUGCCAAUGGCCGAACGGCACGAUCCUGGGCUUGCUGGGGCAGAAUUGGCACUGGAAGUAGAAAAGGCCGCUUUGGACGGCCAGUCGAAUUAUUCAGUCGCGACUACCGGCCGGUUUGAAGUGUUUCCAGGUGCCGUUAACUCUGUUCCGCGUACGGCAACCCUCGAACUUGACGUCCGAAAUGUCGAGCUGGAAGAAAGGAAUGAAAUGCUUACCCGUAUUCGUGACUCCGCAACUAAGAUAGCAGAGCGGCGUGGCGUUCGUCUUGAGUUCAAUGUGACAAACGCAGACGCGCCUGCCGAUUGCAAUAAGCAUAUUGUUGAAAUGGUGGCGCAGGCAGCGCAGGAAUCUGGGUUGAGCUACUCGCGGCUCGUGUCUCGUGCAUACCAUGACUCAUUGUUCAUGGCGAGGAAGUUUCCGACCGGCAUGAUCUUUGUCCCGUGCAGAGGAGGCGUGAGUCAUCGUCCUGAUGAUCUCGAGCGUAUCGUUAUAAGAAUAACUUUUAUCAGAUCUUUAGCGAACUUCCGCCUUCCUUUUUGCCAUAUACUGAUUAAGGCAAGUACGCAUGUCGAUGCAAGAGGAGAUAGACUCUUAAAACUUUGA